AGUAGAGUGACUGGCAUAUAGUAAGUGCUUAAUGAAAACCUUAAAAAAAGACACUCCACCCUGGCUGAGAUUCAGGAGGGUGAUGAAAGGACCCCAGCAGUAGCCGCAUGUGCGGUUGAAGGUUGAAAUCUAGUCAUCCAGUUUGCAUCAUUUGCCUUCGAUCAGGACCGGCCCAGUGAACACGGACAACGAAGAUACGAUUUGCUCCCUUUCAGCAUCAGAGAUAGUCCCAGGAACCCUGGAGUCCAGGACCUGGAGCCCCAGUUUCCACCUAUGUGCGGUUGAGCAUGCCAAGGGCCCCAGAUGGAGACUGGAUCCAGAGAUUGUUUGCGACUUUCACAGUUACCCCAUUCUUGGCCUCCUCCUCCUUGUCCUCCCCUAGAAGUCUCACUAGCCUCAACCUCACUACAGUGUGUACCCCAAACCAGGACAGAGGUUUUCACUGUAGCUGUCUCUCCGGGUACCAGUGGAAUGUCAGUACCUGCGACAGUCACAGUGCCUGCCACAAUUCCUACAUCUUCAAAAACUGCACCUGCCUUAUCUUCAGUCACCUACACUCUGAAUACUGCCAACUACUGCCACCAGUUCCUGGGAGCCUGAGCCUUGCCUCAGCUUCACUGGCCCCAGGCAGCACCUUGACCCUCUCCCUCUUCAUGAACCACACAGCCACCUCAUUAAAUUGGUACCUGAAGCAACCUGGGACUCCAGCCCCCUUAAUACUGCAUCCUGGAAAUCAGGCAUCCUUCACCACCAAUCGGGACCAGGUUGUCCUCACGGUUGUCAAUGUGUCCCAAGACUGGGCAGGGGAGUACGUGUGCCGUUUCAUGGCUCGGAGUUUCCAGUGGGAGCUGCGCCAGACGGUGACCGUGCCCUUGCAGCCCCGGGAUGUGGUGCGACUCCCAGCCCAGCUGUCCGUCUCCUGCAACUCCUUCUCUGGUUUUGAGCUGAAAUGCUGUAUCCCCAACACCAAACUGACCUACAAAGCUUCCUGGAGCUCCGAACCCCGAACCACAGGGCUUUUGUCUGGGGUCUCAGGGUCACGAUGCCUCUCUUUGGUCGUGCCAAACUGUCCUCAGGGUGACACCGAAUACGUGUGUGAGCUGCAAAGUGAUGGGCUGGCUCCUGUGCGGGUGCCAAUCUCCAUUACUGUCAUCCAAGAUGGCGAUAUCACCUGCCCCCAGGAUUCACUGGGAGGUAACUGGGAUGUCACCAAGGCUGGGCACCAGGCCCAGAUCCCGUGCCCUAUGAAUCGGACAGGGAUGGUGGAGAGGAAUUGUGGGGCCCAAGCUGUCUGGGGACCCUUGAAGAGUAACUGCAUUGACACAGGACUACUGGUUAUGCAUCGUAAGACUCAGCUGCUGUUAGCAGGCCAGGGACUUCCGAAUAAGGAGGUACCUAGACUGAUGAGAAAGUUGCCGGAGGAGGUGGAAGCCGUUAGCUCCCCGUCUGACCUGCUCGUGUUGUUGGACAUAGUGGAGAUGCUAGCCCAUGAGGUGAUAAAUACCAGGAUACCACUCACCAAGUGCACCUUGAAGAAUUUCCUGGUGGCCACAAGUAAGCUGCUGGACUUGGACUCCACCACUCUGUGGGCCCCAGCCCAGGCCCAGGUCCCUGCUGCGGGGUCAUCGUUUCUCCAGGCUGUGGAAAGCGUGGCACAAAGACUGCCCCCCAAGACUGACUCCUUCCACCUCCGACUACCCAAUGUAGAAGUACAGUCCCAGCUCUUGGAGCCUGAGCCAAAUGACUACAGCAUCUCCUUCUCCACUCAGCCGCCACUCUGGGCACGGAUCCAACGCCGGGCACUAACCCAGCUUUCCAAGGAGUUUGGCAAUGUCAGCAUCACCAGUCUGGUACUAAGAAAACUAGACCAGAUUCUGCCAAUGAACUUUGGGCCAGGGUUGGAGGGCUCCCGUUAUGAUCCAUACAGUCUGAUUCUUUCCAAUUCCAUCACGGCCGAUGGACAAAGCGUCAACCAAGUGGAGAUCGUUAUGGAUUUUGGGAACGCGGAGGGCACAGCCCAGUGUGUCUUCUGGGACCAUGGCCUUUUCCACAAUGUAGGGGGGUGGUCAACUGAAGGAUGCCAGGCCAAGGAAGCCCAAGUUGGAACUGCCGCUCAGUGCAUCUGCUUACACCUGACCUCUUUCUCCAUCCUCAUGUCACUCCAUGAUGUUCCAGACAGAUCCUCACUGACACUGCUGAGUCAGGUGCUUUUGGGGGCCUCGGUGCUGGCACUCCUGCUGUGCCUCGGAAUGUACCGGGCAGUGUGGCACGUUGUGAUCCGGAAUAAGGUCUCUUAUUUUCGUCACGCUGCCCUGGUCAAUGUGGUGUUCUGCCUGUUGGCAGCCGACAUCUGCUUUCUGGGAGCAUCCCUGCUACCAUCCAGUCCCCAGAGUCCUCUCUGCCUGACCGUUGCCUUCCUCUGCCACUUCCUCUACCUCGCCACAUUCUUCUGGAUGCUGGCCCAGGCCCUAGUGCUAGCUCACCAACUGCUCUUUGUCUUCCACCAGCUGUCCAAACGCCGGGUGCUGCCCCUGAUGAUAACUUUGGGUUACCUGUGCCCCUUGGGACUGGCAGCCGCCACGCUGGGCAAGUACUUCCCCCAAGGCCAGUACCUGAAGAAGGGGACGUGCUGGCUGGAUGCGGAGGGUGGAGCCCAGUACCUCUUUGUGGUGCCAGUGCUGACUAUAGUAGGGGUGAAUGCAGUGGUGCUGGCAUUGGCCUUGCUGAAGCUGACGAGGCCAACGCCAUCCGAGGGGCCACGGCCCGAGGAGCGCCACGCCCUGAUGAGCAUUUUCAAGGCACUGCUCAUCCUCACUCCUGUCUUCGGUCUGACGUGGGGGCUGGGCCUGGCCAACCUGAUGGAAGAGAUCUCCGAGGUACCUCACUACCUGUUCGUGGUGUUCAAUGCCUCCCAGGGCAUCUUCAUCCUGCUCUUUGGCUGCCUAAUGGACAAGAAGAUGAGGGAAGCUUUACUCAAGCGUUUGGGCUGCCCUAAGGUCCCUGUAUCCACCAUCACCUUGGUCACAAGUGACACAAGUUACUUGGAACAUAGCAACUGAAAGACCCAAAACUUACCUGGGGUUUCAAAGUCAAAACGACUUUCAACUGAAGCAAAAAAGAGGAAAUCUGUAACUUUGUUUUUAUCUGGGCCGAGUCACUUAAAAAUGGAAAAUAAAAAAUUUCAAUUGAU